AUGAAUUAUAAUAAUGGAAAUGGAUCAGAUACUGAAGAUUAUUCAACACCUACAAAUGACGAUACAUUAUCACCAUUCCCCCCACUUAACGCAACACAAACCACAUCCACAAGGCACGAAUCUUCAUUGAAUGAUUUGCAUAUACGACAUGACUCUAAUGCUUCACCGGAAGGACAGCAACAAUAUACACCACCACCCGAACUUGUACAAUUUACUCCAACUGAAGAUGAUAUUCAUUUUCACCAUUCACGUUAUAAUUCAUCAUCAGAAGAAGAUUCUUCAAAUCAUUUAUCAAUAAAUAGAAGAAUUCACAAUAUUGAACGAACAUUACAAUCAUCAUUAAUUACUCCUCGUAGAAUAAGUGAAAUUGAGAAAGCUCUUGAAAAACUACAAGCUGAAGUUGCUGCUUCACAUGAACGGAUAGAAGGAUUAAGGAGAGAUUUAAACGAACGUGAAAAAAACAAGAGAAUCAUAAAUCGAAGUUGGUCUUGGUUUGUCAAAAUUAUGGCAAAGCAUGCAAUUAUAAAUUGUGUCAUAUUAGCAAUUAUAUUUGCCGCAUAUGCACUUAGAAAUAGAAGACGACAAUUACCGAUAAAGGAUUCUUGGCUUCAAAGAUUACGUAUGCGAAAUCGUAAAGUCAAACAAUUUGCAAAAAGUGCAUUAACUGAUUUUAAAAGUACUCACUAA